CACGAACAAAAUAAUGUCAGAUGAGCGAACAAGCUCUUUGUAUUUGCAUAGUACCCAUAUACAUAAAAUGUUGAAACGCUAGACUUCUUAAACUUAAACCAUACUUCCAUCCAACAAUGAUCCCUCUUUGGUACGUGACAAGCAUUAAGAACCACCCAACCGUGUUGUCAUGCCGCCUUAGCCGCCCAGAAUCACAAAUAACAUUUUGUCUUCAGUGAUUUACUUGAUUAUCGAAAGACAGCCACGAUGUUUGUGAGUCGCGAGGUGAGAAUAUCAAGUGUCUCCAGUUACCCCCCUGAGGCACCCCUCUGAGUGUUCGUGAUUCUUGAUUUUUGAAUAUAACAUAGUAGGUACCGUAUUUCCCGGGUUAAAUACCAUCCUUGUGCAAUAAUGUUGGUUCACGCCAAGAAGCCUCUUAGAUUCAGCAGCCAGGUGACAACAUUUCCGCUAAUAGAAGAGCAGGAAAACAUUGAACUGGAUUCUUUGGAAAAUGGGGAAGAUGGCAAUCAUUCUCAAGAUGACGAGAAGGAUGCAGAAUUACCGAGGGACACAGACCAGAAAAACCUCAAAUACCUCAAUCUGAACAAUCUCUGCAAGAAUUCUCAUCAAAUCAGUGAAUGUUACGUUGAAGAAAUAGUUCUAGCUAGGGAGUCAAUCAAAUCACUUGCAGACGUCCAAGUUCUUAGCUUGAGAUCGAACGGUAUUCAUAAUUUUCCUACCAGUGUAUUACAGUUGACAGCCCUCACAGUUUUGGAUAUUUCGGACAAUGAAUUGCUAACGUUACCACCAGAAAUAAACCAACUGAAGAGUCUGCAAGAAUUGGUGUUGGAUCAGAAUCUGCUCAGUGUACUCCCCACGACCAUAUGGGAUUUGAAGAAGUUGGACGUUCUGAAGGUGGCAUGUAACAGGAUUACGGUGCCUCCGGACAAGCAGCUGGAUAUGAGGUCUUUAGUUUUCACGGAUGCGGAACAGAAAAUAGAAAAUUCAUGGAAGAAUAACGGCAUUUCUACACUGAAUCUACGAUCCAACAGACUAAAAGGCAAUAUAAUCCUUGGGAACUAUGGGAAUCUCAUCGAAUUAGAUGUGAGUGAAAACAACAUCGAACACCUAGACCUGAGUGCUUUGGAACAACUGCAAACCGUCCAGUGUUCAAGAAAUUCAUUGACCCAGCUGAUAAUUCACGGAAAACAGUUAACUUCCCUUAUCGCUGGCAAUAACAAGUUGAAAUCGUUAGCUGUCACCUUUCCUCCAUCCAACUUGAGGCAUAUCGAUGUUUCGUACAAUGAUCUGGACUCUCUCCCAGAAUGGCUGUCUGGGUGUUCCGAUAUUCGAUGUAUUUUUGCAAGCAACAACAAUCUACAGACCCUUCCAGAGCACUUAUUCUGCAACGAAAUGCCUUACCUACACACCCUACAACUGGCCUACAAUCAACUCCAAAUGCUUCCAACGAUACAGCGAAAACUACCUAUACAAGAAAUGUUCCUACAGAACAACAGUCUUUCAAAUUUACCCAAAACUUUGUUCAGAUAUAUACCCGACAUGAAAGUGCUCAAUCUUUCCAAUAACAGACUUUGUGAUUUACCAAUUCCCGAUUCGGUGUUGCUUUUGGAGAAAUUAUUCUUAACGGCCAAUUGCUUGAUAGAUCGUUCUCUGGAAAAGAUGACUCCAUUCUUGACGAACAUACGAAUGCUCCAUGCAGCUUACAAUAACUUCACGUCCCUUCCUGAGAGCUGCGUGUUGUAUUGGACCGAAAUAGAAGAAAUUGUCCUGUCCGGAAACAAAUUAUUGAAAUUGCCGAACGAAAUCGAGAAACUGAAACAUCUGACGGUUCUUCGGGUCCAUUCAAACCUCCUUCAGAACAUUCCGAAAUUAUCCAGCUUGACGUCGCUGAGGGUUCUGGAUCUCGCACACAACCAAUUGGAUAGGAUUGAUCUCACAGACCUAAUACCGCCAAAUUUGAAAUUCUUGGACCUAUCCUGCAACACCAAGCUUCACGUUGAUUCGCACCAAUUCAACACUUACAGGACACAAAGGCCAAUGAGUCUGGUAGAUGUUUCAGGCAAAAACAGAACCACGCUACCUUUAACUCCUUCCCCAUUCUGCGAAAAUGACUUGACAGAGUACAGUUGGAGCGUUGGUUUCUCUGAAACUUCCGGGUGCAAACAGAAACUUUAUAUCUCCCAAAUAAGGUUACCAGCGUUUUGUAACACUGAAGCACUUUUUGGCAUGUUUGACGGAGAAAACAAUAGCAGUGUGCCGGUUGGAGUGGACAAAGUCGUUCCUAGAAUAUUGUUAGAAGAAAGGACCGUGAAAGAAACAGCUGUGGACUACAUGAAAUACACCAUGCUUUCUGCUCAUAGGGAGCUCAAAGACAAGGGUCAAAAACAAGGUUUGAACGCAGUUAUUGUACAUAUUUUGAAAACCAAACAAACCCCAGAAUAUUCUUUUUGUGGUGGACCCAAGAAGUACAUCAUGAAGAUAGCCAGUGUGGGUGACAUCAAACUGGUUCUCGGGAGAGCUUCAGGACCUGUCAAACUCCUACCUGUAAAGCAAAGAAAACAGAUCAGAACCAACCCACAAUUACCGUAUACAGUUCCUGAUCCAGAUCUAACCGAUGUUUUCCUAGAUGAAGAAUACGAGUACAUGAUCAUAGCUAAUAAAACUUUGUGGGAAGUGAUCAGUCCAGAAAAUGCUAUCAGAGAAGUAACCUUGCAGAGGAAUGUCAUACUGGCAGCUAAAAGACUUCAAGAUUUGGCCCAAAGCUAUGGCGCUGAAGAGAAUUUAAGCAUAAUCGUUGUUAAGUUCAACAUAUUGAGUACUGACGUUGAUCUGCUCAUGAGGGAACUGAGGCAAACUUUCAGAAAGAGUAAAUACCAAAGUGAGAGUGGAUUUUCGUCGAGCACAACGUGUCAGCCUGGUUGCUGUUGCGAAGCUUUGAAUAACGAGUGUGUAACCUGCAUUGGUAAAGUUUUGAACGAAGAUAGGUCGUCUCCAAGCGGUCAGAGCGAUCACAACUGUAGCGACUGUAACUCAUCGGCUAAAUUGUUCAUAAGCCAGUUGAACAAACAGAGCGAUUCUUCAGGCAGAUCCGUCAGAAGUGUUACCCCUUCGAUCUUCGAAAGUAUAGGGGUGAAGGCAAGUCCUGAACGGAGAAGUUACAGGGGAGUGGCCAAAGCACUCAGAGCUAGAAGGGAAGAGGAGAGAAACAAAGAUGACAGCGAUUCUGCACUUUCCGAAGAACAGUUCAAAUGUUGGGAAUACAUGUUGGAGCAGAAUACCCACAUAUUGUUUGAUAAGGAGUUGAAUACCUUGAAGAAGAAAGGGAAGAAAUCCCAACUUGCACCUAAAACAUCCCAGUUAUCGAGAAGUAAUCCGCUUUUGACUGAACAAACAACGAGUAAUAAUAGUUCAGGUGGUUUUUUGUCUAGGCAAUUUGGUAGCGCUAGAUCGUUCAAUCCACUAGUAUCGAGAUCUCCAUCUAGGUUUACUCUAGAUAAGAAGCUGCUAGGAGGACCACAUGCUGCUUAUUUUGGAAGUUUGCAGAGGCUUAUGCCUUACAAUUUGGAGUAUGAUUUCGCAGUGAUGCACGAAAGGGGAUUAGCGGAUUCUUUGGAUUUGGAUAGAAUGCAGCAGUACUGGGGUGUCACAACGACAGAACUAUGACCACCUAUUGAUACUUCCUUGAAAUAUGUAUAAAAUAGUAUGAGAUAGCUGGAUUUCACUAUAAGGUAACA